AGUCCCGAACCACGCCAUGGCGGACCCAGAAUCCUUGGGCUUUGAACACAUGGGCCUGGAUCCCCGGCUCUUGCAGGCUGUCGCCGAUCUGGGAUGGUCGCGACCUACGUUGAUUCAAGAAAAGGCUAUCCCGCUGGCCCUAGAGGGGAAAGACCUCCUGGCCCGGGCCCGCACUGGUUCCGGGAAGACAGCUGCUUAUGCUAUUCCGAUGCUACAGCUGCUGCUCCACAGGAAGGCGACAGGUCCUGUGGUGGAACAGGCUGUAAGGGGAGUUGUCCUUGUUCCUACCAAGGAGCUAGCACGGCAAGCUCAGUCCAUGAUUCAGCAGCUGUCUGCCUACUGUUCUCGGGAUGUGCGGGUGGCCAAUGUCUCAGCUGCUGAAGACUCAGCUUCUCAGAGAGCUGUACUGAUGGAGAAGCCAGAUGUAGUGGUGGGGACCCCAUCCCGUAUAUUAAGCCACUUGCAACAAGACAACUUGAAACUGCGUGACUCCCUGGAGCUGCUGGUGGUGGAUGAGGCUGAUCUUAUUUUUUCCUUUGGCUUUGAGGAAGAACUGAAGAGUCUACUCUGUCACUUGCCCCGGAUUUACCAGGCUUUUCUCAUGUCAGCUACAUUUAAUGAGGAUAUACAAGCAUUAAAGGAACUGGUACUACAUAAUCCGGUUACCCUCAAGUUACAAGAGUCUCAGCUUCCAGGAUCAGACCAGUUACAGCAGUUUCAGGUAGUCUGUGAGACUGAAGAAGACAAAUUCUUGCUGCUGUAUGCUCUGCUCAAGCUGUCGUUGAUUCGGGGCAAGUCCCUGCUCUUUGUCAAUACUCUAGAGCGGAGUUACCGGCUCCGUCUAUUCCUGGAGCAGUUCAGCAUCCCCACCUGCGUACUCAAUGGAGAACUUCCCCUGCGCUCCAGGUGCCACAUCAUCUCACAGUUCAACCAAGGCUUCUAUGACUGUGUCAUAGCAACAGAUGCUGAAGUCCUGGGGGCCCCAGCCAAGGGCAAGCGGCAGGGUCGAGGGUCCAAAGGAAACAAGGCCUCUGAUCCAGAGUCAGGUGUGGCCCGGGGCAUAGACUUCCACCAUGUGUCUGCUGUGCUCAACUUUGAUCUCCCCUCCACCCCGGAGGCCUACAUCCAUCGAGCUGGCAGGACAGCGCGAGCCAACAACCCAGGCAUAGUUUUGACAUUUGUGCUACCCACAGAGCAGUCAUACUUGGGCAAGAUCGAGGAACUUCUCUGUGGAGAGGGCGAGGCCCCUGUCCUGCUUCCCUACCAGUUCCGAAUGGAGGAAAUCGAGGGUUUCCGCUAUCGAUGCAGGGAUGCCAUGCGCUCAGUGACUAAGCAGUCCAUUCGGGAGGCAAGACUGAAAGAGAUUAAGGAGGAACUUCUGCAUUCAGAGAAACUUAAGACAUACUUUGAAGACAAUCCCAGGGAUCUCCAGCUGCUGCGACAUGACCUGCCCUUGCACCCUGCAGUCGUGAAACCUCACCUGGGCCAUGUACCUGACUACUUGGUCCCUCCUGCUCUUCGUGACCUAGUACGCCCUCACAAGAAGCGAAAGAAGCUGUCCUCCUGUAGGAAGGCUAAGAAAGUGAAGACCCAGAACCCACUGCACAACUUCAAGCACAGAGGAAGGAAAUCCAGACCAACAGCCAUGCCCUCCUGAGAUUGCCUGGGCCUGAGUUCGAAGUGGAUUGGGAUUCCUUGCCUGGAUGGAGUGGGUUUCCCACACUUCAUGUGCGCACACUCCUGUGCUUACUAACUGGAUAGACUGAACUCUGGGGAGGCUCUGGACCCUCCAGAUCUGCCAAGCUGCCAUUUGCCCCUUAAUAGAAUAACAGUUCCAGCUGCCCCAGGUUGUGCCUCUGGGCAUGUGGGAAGGGACUAUUUCCCAAAACCUUGGAAGAUGGGAAACUUCAGAAGGUGGUGGUGCCUAGCUGCUGCUGCAUGCAGUGCCUCACAUGACCAGCAGAUGUCAGUUGUGCAAAGCCAACUGCUAAGAAAAGCCUGUUCUGGUCCAGUUGGUUCAGCAUGGGGCUAGGCCAGCCUAGAGCCUCUGCCCUGCUGCUUCAACCUUACCAUGUGGUUCAGGCUGAUAGAUGUACCUGCAACCUAGGAGACAGAUUUUCUUUACCACAAGCCUUGGAUUGCCCCUUACCCAAUGCACGCUCAUUUAGAUAGAAGAGAAUGUUGCCCACCCCUCAGAGGAUUCAGGGCAGCUAUCUCCCUUUCCCCUUCCCAGAUGAUAACUCAUGUGUCAGUUGUUGUCUGUAUUUCAGAUACACAAGUGGUAGUACAACAUGCAUACCUAUUGCAUCUC